GUAAAGCUUCCAUCUGGGAGUUUGUUACAGCAGAUAGGCGCCCCUCCUCCCCUAGGUUGGAGCUGGUGGACAUGGCGGGAAAACGGUUGGGGUGCAAAAGAUGUACUUAAUGCAUUUGUUUAG